UGUUUUUUGUGUGCUUUUGGAGGGGAGGAGGGGCCAAUGGCCCAAAGAUGAGCGAUACUUUUAUUGUGUCGUUGUUCUGCUUUGCGCUGUUGCAGACUGUAUUUGGCUGCUGUCACGAGACGUUAACGGACGUUGAACACAGACAUGCUCGUUCUGAGCAUUUUAGGGGCCUUCAUCGUGCUGCUCAUCUUUCAUGAUUUUCUGUGGACAACCUUUUCGGUUUCUUCGAAUGGUUUCAUCACGCGAUGGACUACGCGAGGCAUCGGAAGGUUUGCAUCCUUGCUUUACGAAACCUUUCCAUGGACACGCAAUCAUUUUCACGCUUUUGCCGAAAUCACAAUCGGUGUCAUCCUCAUGAUUUGGUAUAUCGGAACCUGGGCUGGUUGGUCCCUCAUCUUUAGCAACGUACCAAUCAUACAAGCCAGCAAGCAAUCGGACGUCACCCACGUUGGGGAAAACAUCACGCCAGCGGAUGUGAUAUACUAUACUGGCACAGCUUUUUUCACUCUUGGAUUGGGUGAUUAUGUUGUUGACUCUGGAGCAACGUUUUGGAGGAUUAUGAGCAAUGUAUGUGCGGCCGAGGGGAUUUUGCUGGGUAUUAUUACCGUCACAUACCUACUGGCCGCAGUAGACGCCGCCACAGCGACAUGCACAUUUGCCAACAUACUCGUCUGCAUGGGCGGAUCGCCGACGCAUAUCUUGAUCAAUGCAUGGAAUCCGAAGACGAAAUCGUUUGGAUCAUUGGAAAGCGCGUUGAUUGAUGCAUCGGAUGAUUUAGGAAUUGAAAGGCAGAAUUACAUUUUAUAUCCAGUUCUCUUUACGUAUUCGUUUUCCACUGGGAAACCCGCCUACGACAGCUCACCUCCCCGCAUCGCUGCCCUUGAUGACUUGCUGACCAUCCUCCUGCACGCCAUCGACCCUGCUUACACUCCCUCACGGUACAUUCUCCAAACGACGCGAAUGGCAUUAACAGCGUAUUUGGACAUACUCUCCGCUGCGCGCAUCGACUCUGCAGAGACCGCACCCCCACCCCCGGAUUUGACAUUGCUACGUGAAAAAGGUUUACCAGUGAUUGUCAAUGAUGAUAUGUGGAAGAGAAUAUGUGAAAGAGAGAACAUUCGGAAGCGACGGUGUUUUUUGCUGGGUUUGAUGGUCCGGUGUGGCCACGAUUGGGACGAUGUUGUAAGCAUUACGUGGCCGGAGAAGAGCGAGCCGGGGAUGUGGUGGGAGGAGUAGGAUGUUUGACUAGCGUUUGUACAUAGACCUGUUUGAUAUAUUAUUUACAAGUACUGACGAAAAAAAAAAAUGAUCGCAGAGACUAUGUAGCCCAUUG